AGUAUUUAUUUUAAAAACAGAAUAGUAUAUGAAGCAACAAUAUAACAAGAUGGUUUUGAGACAAGUUCUCAUAAUAUUUUCUUUUUGUGUUACUGGUUCUUAUCUAAGUGAGAAGUAUAUAUACUUUGGUAGACAUGAUAAAAGUGAUAACGAAAAUUUUUUGACAAUUAAUGUACAACAUAAUAGAGUAAAAAGAUCUACUUUAAAUGAAGAUGCAAAGAAAAAAAUUCAAAGCAACAAAUAUGUGUUAAAAGAUGAAAAAAACUUUGAUUUCCAAUUAUUUUGGCUUGGUGAAGAUUCAGAGAUUCAGUUGCUAUUAACAACAAUUGAUGCGGGUUUUUUAACAAUUUUUGGAAUAAAGAAUCCAAGUAAACUUUACAAAAGUACUAAUGAUGGAUUGACAUUUGAAAACAUCGACCAUCUUAUUGGAAAAACAGAAAUUCGAAGCAAAAUGGGAAUUAUGAAAAGUCCUCUAAAUAGUAACAUGCUGAUUUUAAUUUCGUAUGCAUCAACCAACAUGUUUUCUAUGUUCUUAAGUCUACAAACCACAUCCACACUUGUCAUUACAAAAGAUGCUGGAACAACCUUCAAAUUAAUCAAUAUCCCAUUUACAAUAAAAGAAGGUUCACCAAUUUUAUUUCAUCCUACUAAAGAAGAUUGGCUUAUGGCACUGGACUCAAAGGAUCGUGCAUGGCUUUCAAAGGACUUUGGCACUAAAUGGAUGCAAUUAAUGAAAGAUAAAGUUUCAUCAGUGAAAUGGGGUACUGCAGUAGGAAAAGAAGGAGAAGAGAUUUAUCUUUCUACUUAUAAUGAUAAUCCAAUUUUUUCUUUUUUACAUAUGAUAACAUCAUCUUCUACAAUAAAAGUAUGGAAAUCAAGUGAUAAUGGCAGGUCAUUUGAAGGUAUUUUGGAGCAUUGUUUUAACUUUGGUGUUCAAGGAGAUUUUGUAUUCGCUUCUAUAAGCUUACCAAAGGUUUCUGAAACUGAAAAAGACGCAAGGCUUUUGCAUGUAUCAAAAGAUGGUGGAAAAACAUUCCAUCUUGCUAAUGUUCCAAAAAUAACUGCUGAUAUGUUUUAUGCUGUGCUUGAUAUGAAUAAUGGAAUGGUAUUUUUGCAUGUUGAUAGCGAGGGAAAUACUGGCUUCGGAACAUUGUAUAUAUCAGAUGCAGAUGGAAUAGAAUAUACUACCUCAUUGGAAAACCACUUUUAUACUAACAAUGGUGUAACUGAUUUUAUACGUGUUACUUCUAUGGAAGGUGUUUAUAUAACACAAAAACUUGCACCAGAUAAUACAAUAAUAACAGUUAUAACAUUUGAUAGAGGUGUUGUUUGGAAUCCAUUAUAUGUAGAUAGCAAAAAGUAUUGUAAGAGUGAAGCUGUUAGCUGUAAUCUUCAUUUGCACAUUUCCUAUAGCAUUGACGAAAAAGGUGUACCUGCUCAACCUCCAUUGUUUACUGAAAAUGCUCCAGGCAUAAUAUUAGCCCAUGGCCAAGCUGGUGAUGCUCUUACUGGUGUUUCAAAUGUUUGGCUAUCCCAAAAUGGUGGUUAUAACUGGACGCAAGUUGCUGAAGGUCCUCACCAUUAUGCCAUUGCUGACAAUGGAAAUUUGAUUGUUAUAUACCCUCAGACCAACUCAACAGAAAAUUUUCUAAAAUAUUCAGUAGACCAAGGUGACAGCUGGAACAAUUAUAAGUUCAGCAAUGAAAGCGACCUUUAUGUUAAGGGUCUUGUAGCAGAGACUCAUUCUCAGUAUAGAACCUUUAGUUUGUGGGGUUAUAAAGCUUCCAAAAAUGUUUCUGAGCGUGAAUGGUUUGUGAUUACAAUUAGCUUCAAGGAUAUUUUUACAAAAGAAUGUACUAAAGAAUCCUUUAUAACCUGGUACCCUCACGCAUUAAAUAAAAAAGACGGGUGCAUUCUUGGUCAAAAAACAACUUAUAUAAAACCGUCUCCAGAUAAAGAAUGUUUCAUUGGUAAAAAUUUUGAUCCUGUUUUAAAACGAGAAAAAUGUAACUGUACUAAGGAUGACUUAGAAUGUGAUUAUGGUUAUAAGAGGCAGAAAGAUGGCACUUGCAAACGAGUUCCUUCUAUUGAACUUGAAAAAGUUUGCCUGGAUGGUGAAGAGUACCAGAAGAAUUAUUCUAGAGGGUUUCGGCGAAUACCUGGUGAUUUAUGUGAAUCAAAGGAAGCAAUAGAUGAUGUAGUUAAAUAUAUUGAUGAACAUAAAAAGUGUUCUAAAUUGAGUGUUGCAGAAUAUUAUGGCAUUGCUAAGUUAGAGGAAGAAGUAAUGAAAACUCCUAGUCCCGUUGAAAAUAAAAAGGGUAUUUUUGCGCCUGUGCUUCUUAUUGGUUGCGUGAUUGUGUUGUUGGGAAUAUUUGCAGGUGUAUGGUAUUAUAAAAAACGUAAUCAAAGUGUUAGCAACCAUGCAACAUUCUCUUACAUGCAUCAAAAUAAUGAAGAAAAUUUUGAGCACGAAAAUAGCCGUUAUAAUUCGCGCCCAAAAGGACAACGGACAUACAAAGAUGAAACCGAGGGGGAAGACGAUGAGGUACUUAUUCCCCUAUAAAUAUUGAGUCAACAACAACCAACUUCAAAUUCAAGGAGUAACUUUAGCUUGAUGAUCAUUUCUUUUUAUUUGUAUUUUUUAGACUAUUUAUAAUAUUAAUAUUUAUUAAAUAUAAUAUUAAUAUUGUUAUAUAUUAAUAUUUGUAAUGAUGAUAUUUAAUCAGCUUUUGGACAAAUUUUGAAUAUAUGUUUUCUAAGUCACCGUCUUUUUGAUUGGUUUUGUUAAAAUGAAACAGUUAUUUUUAAACGAUAUUUUUAUAUCUAGUUUUUUCAAAAAAAAAUCACUAAUAGCUCUUCAAAAAUAAAAUUCAAAAUCUUUUAAAUAAUCUUUGAACGUAUUUUAAAUAUUUGUCGUGAAGUUUUGUAUUGUUAUUUAUUGUUGCAGUAUUAGUUUUACGAGGUUUUUUGCAUGAAUUUGUAUUUAACGAGCUAUUUAUUGAACGAUUACUAUUGUUUGUAACAAAAUGUAUUUUCUUUCUGGGUAAAAACGCUUUUACUUA